UUCAUGUCGUGUUGGGAUGGCGCCAGUUUUGGAGGAGGGACUGGGGUGUUCCACGAAGUCCAAGCUUGUGACGGUGUAGAAGACUGCUCUACAGGAAAGGACGAGGAAAAUUGUGACGAUUGUGCGAUGGAAUGUCCGACGGGUUUAGGUGACCCCUGCAUCCGAACCAGCUGGAUAUGUGAUGAAAUAGAGGACUGUAAAGAUGGGAAGGACGAACAAGGGUGUGUGCAAGGUGUUCCUAAGCACUGCUUUUUCACCUGCCGUAACAACGUCACCUGUCUGCCGUCACGUCAGCUGGGGGACGGGCAUCAGGACUGUCCGUACGGGGAGGACGAAAGGUCCAGUGACGUUGAAGAUGCUAUUGGGCGAAGAUGGGGCUCAUGUAGCUUCAACUGUUUGUCUGUCUACGGCAACGCGUCGUGCGUUCCUGACGCGUUCAGCUGCGACAGUGACGCGGACUGUUUGGGGGAGGAUGACGAACAGGAUUGUGAAGUCGCCGCACCUGUUGAAGACCUUGAAGGGAGAAAAGGUUGCCUGACGUUUCUCUGCGACCCGCCAGGUGACGCCCUGGAGCCAUUAUGUGUACCGCAUCACUGGAUCUGUGACGGGUACCCGAACUGUGUGUCAGAGGAGGACGAGCAGGGGUGUGGCCACGCGGAUGGCGUGUCUACUCAGACCAGCACACCUAGCGGCGGUCAGCUGCAAACUGCUGCUGAUGGUCACGAAGUGACCUGGAAGCCCUCAGGUGGUCAAGAACCACAGGACGAAUCAACCACAGAGCUGUCAAAUGAUCAAGGACCAUCCAUAAAAGGACAAAGAGUUGGAGGGUCCCAGGCGAGCCAUAGGCUCCAGAGCCUGCAGGUGGCCAUAGUUUGGAUGAUUGUCGCUGCUGGUCACCUCGUUUUCUAAUCAGUAUAAGGUCUAGGCUACUGGGAGCAAAGGAUUUUU